GUGGUCAAUCUUGAAGUGGCGUUUAGCAUUCUCAAACUAUUGUCAUAGUAUUGACUACGUUGUGCAUUCCAAGGAAGCGUUCCAAAGCACAUGUUUUUCCAUUCCUAGGUCGCCAUUAUCGACAAAGACGUCAAAGCCGGCCAGGACAUUGGUUGGCAGUUAAGCCAGAAGUACGGCGAUGGCAUGACAGCCUUCUUCGAGUGCGACGUCACAAAUGACGAGCAAUUUGAGCAAGCCUUCAUUGAGACGAUCAACAAGUUCGGCAAACUGGACAUAGUCGUCAACAGCGCCGGCAUUCCAGAGGUGCCAGACUGGAAGAAAGUGUUUAACAUCGACGCGAUGGCUGUGUACCGAGGUACACUUCUGGGAAUGAAGUUCAUGGACAAAAGCUGCGGCUGGAAAGGAGGACAUGUCGUUAACGUCGCCUCCAUCACAGGUUUCAUGUCGUGCCCACCUGUGCCUUCCUAUGCCAGUGCUAAGGCUGCUGUUAUCAGCUUCACAAGGUCUUUCGGGAGUGAUCAGCACUUCAAGAGAACGGGCGUCAGUGUGAACUGCAUCUGUCCGGAUGCCAUGGAGACUCCACUUCUGAAAGGACUGCUGGAUUCAUGCGUACAAGGCGGCCCUGAGGCCAUGGCUGUUGCUGAUUAUUUCAAGCAGAGCAUACUCGACCCAGAGAAAACUGCCCUCGGAGUCAUCAAGCUCAUCGAAGAACGCGUCAACGGGGCUGCUUUAUUAGCUCUUCGUACUGGCACGCUCGUGUACCAAAAGUUUGAAAUGUAGAAAAAAAGAUUGCAACUGGCUGCCUGGAACUGGUUCUAAGUAAAGAGGACAAGAUGUGCGUACGAGUGCAGCGGCCGACCGAGGCGUAAACGCUUUAAAGUGCGUGCUGGGAUUCAAAAUAAAGCACAAUGUUUAGCUUAUAAUUAAUGGCUGGAACGAGAAAUAAAAACACUAUUGGGUU